UAUUGGAUGGUGCUAAUAAUUCAAUCGCAGCGGGAGAUUGAUUCUUCUUGUUUUUUCCAUUGCUCCUCUGUUUUAUCACUUCUUCUUCCGCACUCCACAGCUCAUGGCCACAAUCGACUCAACUCUUUCAUCCCAAAGGUUAAUUGGAAAGGUUGCAUUGGUAACUGGUGGAGCCACAGGGAUAGGAGAGAGCAUCGCUCGUGUAUUCCACAAGCAUGGAGCAAAAGUUUGUAUAGCAGAUUUGCAAGGCAACCUUGGGCAAAACGUCUGUGAAUCUCUUGGUGGUGACCCAAACACUUGUUAUUUCCAUUGCGAUGUCGCAAUAGAAGAUGAGGUUCAAAGUGCCAUUGAUUUUACAGUACAUAAAUUUGGAACAUUGGAUAUUAUGGUAAACAAUGCAGGGUUGACAGGUCCACCCUGCCCAGACAUCCGGAACUUAGACUUAUCUGAUUUCGAGAAGGUGUUCGAUGUAAAUGUGAAGGGCACAUUUCUUGGAAUGAAGCAUGCAGCGAGAAUUAUGAUCCCAUUAAGAAAGGGUUCGAUUAUUUCUCUCUGCAGCGUUGCAGGCACCAUAGGGGGACUCGGACCCCAUGCAUAUACAGGAUCAAAGCAUGCAGUUUUGGGACUGACCAGAAAUGUUGCAGCUGAGCUAGGUAAACAUGGGAUACGUGUGAACUGUGUAUCUCCUUAUGCAGUUCCAACAGGCUUGGCCUUGGCUCAUUUGCCUGAAGAGGAGAGAACUGAGGAUGCAAUGAUAGGUUUUCGUGGUUUUGUUGGGAGAAUUGCUAACUUGCAAGGAGUGGAAUUGACAGCUGAUGAUGUAGCUAAUGCCGUGCUUUUCUUGGCAAGUGAAGAAGCAAGGUACAUUAGUGGGGCUGAUAUAGUGGUGGAUGGGGGUUUCACUGUUGCGAAUCAUUUAUUCAGGGCCUUCAGGUGAUGUGUGAAGUCCUGCCCUUUCGUUAGCUAGCAAAGCAAUCUGUUUUGAGACAAUCUUUAUAUGAUGCUGGCUUCAAGUUUCUAGUACUUAAAAUCCUGACUAGUAAUUCUUAUCAGAGUAAGAAAUUAUUGGACCAUAAUGGGCUUGCAUUCAAAAGAACCCACAGCAGUAUUCUUUUCACAAGAACAAGAAGCUAUACAUGUGCAAAACCAUACAAGUUUCACAGGGAAGAGGAUUCGGCUAGGACAGAAAUAAAGCAGGGUUUGAAAGAAAUGGAUGUUCCUCCAAAAGCCCACCUUAAAGAGGUCCAGGCUAGCCUCUUAACAGAUAAAGCCUCAUAAGCGAGCUAAUGCUCGAUAACAUCGUAGCUUCAUUGCAGAGAAAUUAAGCCUCAUAGCUAGUGAGUGCAACAGCAUUCCUAGGUACAUCAAGAGAAUCAUAUUCUGGAAGCCCACAAAUAGUAAAUGUAUAGUAUUUCCAUUAUGGUUUUACAUUUAACCAACACCUAAACGAGAGGGAGAGAACGAAAGGGAGGAUUUAUAAAAUAGUAAUAAUAAUAAUAAUAAUAAUAAAGCUUUUCAAGCAUGAUCUCACUCGGUUGAUAUUCAUGAUUGAAGGCCAUACUUGUUAUUUGUUAGGUUAAGGUUGCUUCAUUUUGCUA